GUAUUUUUUAAUAAUAUUUACUAACUAACUAGAAAUAAUUUAGCAGUAGGAUAAUGGAAUUGUGAAAUGUAAGGUUAUCAGGUCGUUAUUUACACAACUAGAUAAGAUAGAUCAUGGUGUGUGUAAUUUGUAGUCGUUAACGUCACCGUGAAAAUGGCACAGAAAUCAUUGAAAACUACAACGGUAAAAACAACAACAUCCAGUUCAAAUUUGGCAUUAGUGAUAGUAGCAAUUGUAAUAGUGGUAUCAACGGUGAUCGCAGGAAUAGUGUGUAGGUUCGUGUUGGGAGAAGAAGCGUCCAAGAUAACGUUGUUGUGUCUGAUCGCGUUCCUCAUCGUCUUCGGCAUUGCGGUCAUGGUGGUGUUGUUGGUGUUCAGAAAACGGACGGUUAGAUAUAAACAGAAACAAAUAAUCACAAGUGAAAAUACAAGAUACACGGAAGCUCCGACUGCUCCGGACGAAAGCGGUCCCCCAAGUUACCGCAACAGCAAUUCUUGAAACGCAUCGAAAAGAUCCAUCUUAUUCUAUUUAUUAAAACAUCUACUUAGGUCCAUAUUUAAUGUUUUAUUAUAUUGACAAAACAAGUGUAUUUUUAUGAUAAGAUAAAGUUGUGUGACUGAUUUUGUAAUAAAAUUUGUUUUAUAUGUUGA